UCUCUCUCUCUCUCUCUCUCCCGGAGCGAUCUCUGGACUAGACUUUUUUUUUACAUAUUCCAACUUCCCACGUACACUCAAGACACUCCUUCAUGUGCUCCGAUUCUUCAGCGCUCGCAAAGCUAUCUUCUAAACCCUAACGCCUUCUCUGGGCGGAUCCUCUGCGCGGAUCCUCUGCGAUCCCCAUGGCAUUCUGGUGGCCUCUGCUCGUUCUUGCGCUGGCUUACGCCCUCUGCAGGUUCCUGCUGAUGCUCAUUCCUCCCAACGUGCCUUCGAUUGAGGUCGACGCCUCGGACGUGUUGGAUGACGGCGGUCAGGCUCGGGACAGCAGCUUCAUUUACGUUCCUCCUAGGGGAAGGACGCAGCAAGCUGAGAGGAAAGUGCAGUGCUAUGAACCUGCUACUAUGAAAUAUUUGGGAUAUUUCCCAGCACUCACGACAGCUGAGGUGAAGGAGCGUGUUGCCCAAGCAAGAAAGGCUCAGAAAAUAUGGGCAAAAAGCAGCUUUAAGCAAAGACGUCAGUUUCUACGGAUACUAUUGAAGUAUAUUAUUGAUCACCAAGAGCUUAUCUGCGAGAUUUCAUCGCGUGACACUGGAAAGACAAUGGUAGAUGCUUCAUUGGGAGAAAUAAUGACAACCUGUGAGAAGAUCACUUGGCUUCUUUCAGAGGGUGAGCAGUGGCUAAAGCCUGAGUACAGAUCCUCAGGUAGAUCCAUGCUUCACAAAAGAUCCAAAGUGGAAUUCUACCCUCAUGGUGUUAUAGGAGCAAUUGUCUCGUGGAACUACCCUUUCCAUAACAUCUUCAAUCCAAUGCUGGCUGCAGUAUUUUCAGGAAACAGUAUUGUAAUCAAGGUUUCAGAACAUGCUAGUUGGUCUGGAUGUUUCUACUUCCGGAUAAUUCAAGCAGCCCUGACUGCUGUAGGAGCUCCUGAAAACCUGGUUGAUGUGAUAACAGGGUUUGCUGAAACAGGAGAAGCAUUGGUAUCUACCGUUGACAAAAUCAUUUUUGUUGGAUCGCCAGGUGUCGGGAAGAUGAUCAUGAGCAAAGCUUCUGAAACCCUGAUACCAGUAACACUUGAGCUUGGUGGGAAGGAUGCAUUCAUCGUCUGUGAAGAUGUUGAUGUUUCUCAUGUUGCACAAAUAGCUGUCAGGGCUUCUCUCCAAUCAAGUGGACAGAAUUGUGCUGGAGCUGAGAGAUUCUAUGUUCACAAGGACAUCUAUUCUUCAUUUGUCACUCAAGUAUCAAAUAUUGUAAAAUCAGUUUCAGCUGGCCCACCACUUGCUGGAAAAUAUGAUAUGGGAGCCAUCUGUGUGCAAGAGCAUUCUGAAAAGCUUCAAAACCUUCUAAAUGAUGCAUUAGACAAAGGAGCAAAUAUAGUUGCUCGUGGAAGUCUUGGCAACUUAGGUGAAGGUGCAGUUGACCAUUUUUUCCCACCCACAGUGAUUGUAAAUGUAAACCACACUAUGAAGUUAAUGCAGGAAGAGGCUUUUGGACCAAUCAUUCCUAUAAUGAAGUUCAGUACUGACGAAGAGGCUGUAGAACUCGCCAAUGACUCUGACUAUGGACUGGGUUGUGCCGUUUUCUCUGGCAGUCAGAAACGGGCUAAAGAAAUAGCCUCCCAGAUACAUUGCGGAGUUGCUGCUAUCAAUGACUUUGCAUCAAAUUACAUGUGCCAGUCUUUGCCAUUUGGCGGUGUAAAGCACAGUGGGUUCGGAAGGUUUGCUGGUGUUGAAGGAUUGCGAGCUUGUUGUCUUGUGAAGUCGGUCGUGGAAGACAGGUGGUGGCCAUUUAUCAAGACGAAAAUACCAAAGCCGAUCCAGUAUCCCAUCGCGGAGAACGGUUUCAGGUUUCAAGAGUCCCUUGUGGAGAUGCUCUAUGGUUUGAACAUAUGGGAUCGUCUGAGAGCACUGGUCAACGUCCUGAAGUUCCUCUCAGACCAAAGCCCUUCCGGCAGUAAGAGAGGCGACUAAACUCUCUGCAGAAGAAACUUUGGCGAACGUAAGCGGGCGCAGCAAGAUAGUGGUUGGCCACCGAAGGAAAGAUCAGAUUUUGACUGCCACUUCGGUCUCUCCUCUCCCUCGUGCAUUUCUCAGUUAGUACGGGGGGGGGGGCUCUUUCGUAGUUUCUAGAAGACAGCUUGCCCACGCCAGAAAAGGAUUUGUUUUGUUUCCCUUUACGCGAUGGUAUCCCCGAGAUUUAAAGCCUUCAGUUGACGGAUGUAUACGUACUCGAGGGGGAA